GGCAGGCCGGCCGCAGACAGGCUGCGCUGGUUUUGCUGCAUUCCUCCGUGGUUGCUGCUACUAGCUCGCAGGAUAGGAGUGUGGUGUGGGAAACAGAAUCACAAGUUGUUUCUAGAUUUUGUGUGGCUCUGCAGAUAGUCAACACAGUAGCACCAUGUCAAAAAAGCGAGGACUCAGCUUGGAGGAGAAGAGACAAAAGAUGAUGGAGAUCUUCUUUGAAAGGAAAGACGUUUUUCAGUUGAAGGAGUUGGAGAAAAUUGCACCAAAGACAAAGGGCAUAACCUCCAUGUCAGUGAAGGAUGUGGUGCAGAGUUUGGUCGAUGAUGGAAUGGUGGACUCUGACCGAAUAGGAACAUCCAACUAUUUCUGGGCUUUCCCAAGUAAAGCCAGCAAUGCUAGAAAGAGAAAGCUAGAUGAUCUGACCACAGCCCUGGAGGGAAGUGAGAAGAAAAGAGCAACAACAAAGAAGCUCAUCACCAAGGCUACCAUAGGGAAAGAGAAUACUGAUGACAGGAUAGAGCUCAUGAAGACACUGGCCGUGCAGGAACAGGAGAACUCCAGGCUGAAGGCAGAGCUGGAGAAAUAUCGAGAAUGUGACCCUGAGGUCUUAGAAGAGGUCAAGAAACAAACCUUGGUGGCCAGGGAGGCAGCCAAUCGAUGGACAGACAACAUCUUCACCAUCAAAUCCUGGUGCAAAAAGAAAUUUUCCAUGGAGGAGAAGACGAUAGAUAAACACUUCGGCAUACCGGAAGAUUUUGACUACAUAGACUGAACUUUUCUAUAAACUCUGAAUUUUAAAACCUUGGAUGCAGUCCAACCUCUCAUUACUUCACUCCUACUUGAGCUAUAUUCCUCAGACAUGUACUGUGAAUAGCAUGAUAGCCACAAGCGGUCUCUGCACAUGACAUCUUGUGUCUUGAGAUCUGAACAUGUGUGAUAUAACUUUUGAAUCUGAAACAUUCCAAACAAUUCACCUGCUUGGUUGAAAGUCUUGUGGUAAGAUGAUAGUAUGUUGCAUUUAUCAGAUCUGAAUUUUGUGAUGUAAAUGGGAUAUCCAGGUCACUGAAUGAAGGUUCGUGACUUCCAUUGAUACCCAAAUAACAGGGCAAUAAGGCUUGAAAAGACUGCAUCACCAUAAAAGAUUCUUGAAGUGUAGGAACUGUGGACUUGUAUCUCAGCCGCCAGUCCUGUAGUUUUAGAACAUUCUGGAUGCACGACGGUGGGCUGUGUCCGCCCUGAGCAGGACUACCCCUUAUCAGUUGCUGUAAAAAGCCAGUUUAGUCGGGAGUGCUCACUUCAUAGUCAUUUGUAAACCAGCGAUGCGCAGUUACUACCAAGGGGGCCUCCGUUGCUGGGAAAAUUGCACCCUCUCGUGAUCCAGCUCGGGGCUCAUGACCCAAGAUAUCCAAGGCACCUGUACUGAGAUCUGCAUAUGUGUUACAACCAAAGAUAUCUCAGGUAUAAGAGGACUGUAAACUUGAGGAUCGAGACUACACCAUCAAAGAUUCUUGAAGUGAAGGAGCUGUAGACUUAAUCCAUAGCUUCAGUUAGCUCUUCUGUGGUUUCUGUUGAAAUUUUCUGAUUUGGACUCCAUUAAGAUUCCAUGGGCUUCAAUCACCGUGAAAUAACCUAAUAUUAAGUCACAACUCUUGAUAUAAGCUGGUAGAUUAGGCAGCCCCUGUUGGGUUUUUAAAAAAAGAAACUUGUUACCUCUGUAUGAAAGUUUUCAAGUAAGUAAUCUUUGGUUAUACAACAUGUUAUGAUAUUAAAAUAAAACGGCAUUUAUGCAAAGAAAGCAAAUAUCUCAUAAACAGGUUUGACACGAAUGUUGAGAACUGGGGAUCCAGUUGUAUGGUACUUACAUUGCUCUUCAUGUCCUUGGAAAAAUUAGUCAUGCAGAACAAGCGUGGCCAAAAAUUCAGAUAAAAGUUUUAAGGGUAGAUUCUAUCAGUUAUUUUGUUGAUGUAAAUAUGUUUUGUAAAUAAAUGUCAUGUAAUAUGA